GAAUUGUGGGACUGAUAUUCACAAACAUGGCGUCUCGUGCGCUUGCACAGUGUGUGCGCUCCGUUGCUCGGGCUUCUGCAAGGUUAAGUCAUGGUAAUGUGCUCACGAGAACCGCCUGUGCGUCCCUCGUGUCAAACCAGCGAUCGCUGUGUGUCGUCUCAUGCCAUCAGCGGACGAGAUGCACGGAACUAGUGCGGGUUUCUGGUCCAUCUCUUCAGCUGUGUCGGCAAUAUGGGGAUCUUCCACCCCUUACAUUAGAGAGCAUCCAAGAUCGUGUUAUGUAUGUCCUUAAACUAUAUGACAAGAUCAGUCCUGAGAAGCUUCAAACGACAUCUCAUUUCAUGAAAGAUUUGGGACUGGACAGCUUGGACCAGGUGGAGAUAAUAAUGGCUAUGGAAGAUGAGUUUGGAUUUGAGAUUCCAGAUGCAGAGGCUGAGAAGCUUAUGACUCCUGCGGAGAUCGUACAGUACAUUGGAGAUAAAAAAGAUGUGUAUGAAUAAAAGCACAUUGUGAGGUACAGAAGAUUGACCGCAUUGACAAACAAUAUGAAUAUGGAUCAGCUGUAUCGGGGCAGUGUUCAGUUUCAUACCAUAUUUUCGCUAUUAUUCAAUCAACUGCUUGUCAUGUGUACUGUUGUAUUUAAUGAAAAUGUCACUAUAAACUCUUGUGAGCUUCAGCUACAAAUAAAUCCUAAACAAAUAGUAA